CCCCUCGGCCUAUAAAGUGGCGGGCUGCCCCGUGGGCUGCAGCAAGCCUUCCACCGGCCUUGCAUCGUCUUCGUCAUCUGCCUUCCGACCUCUGGUCUCACCUCGCUCGAAAUGGACCCCAACUGCUCCUGCGUCGCUGGAGUCUCCUGUGCCUGCGCUGGCUCCUGCAAAUGCAAAGAGUGCAAAUGCACCUCCUGCAAGAAGAGCUGCUGCUCCUGCUGCCCCGUGGGCUGUGCCAAGUGUGCCCAGGGCUGCAUCUGCAAAGGGGCAUCAGACAAGUGCAGCUGCUGUGCCUGACAUGGGAGAGCCCUGCCCAGAGCAACCUGUACAAAGCUGGAGUUUUUCUCAUAUCAUACAACCCUGAUCCAUUUGCUACCUCCUUUUUUCUAUGAAAUACACGAAUGAUAACAAAUGGUGUUGACUUUAUCCUGGCUCUGUUUCUCCAUGUGGGUUGGAAAUAAGGGGUGCUGUGAUCAGCAUGACUGGGUGUGGGACUGGACUGGGAGUCCAGAGACCUGGCUUCUGGACCCAAAUGUUAGCCCCUACUAAACUGAAUGCCGAAGGCAAGUCAGGCUACUUCUCUGGGCAUGAGUUUCUUCAGCUGUAAAAUGGGAAGAGGAUUGUGCCAGGGGCUUUAAGGGCAAAUACAGCCUCCCUUAUCUUCUCAUGUCAAGUGUGGUUGGCAGAGAGACUGACAUUAAUCCCUCACAUUCAUUCUCUGGGGAGUCCCUCCAUCACUUCAGUCCCUUAUCAGACGUCAGACUUGAAUGUUACCCAGCCUGCUUGGAUCCCUACAAUGGAUUCUCAAACUCCCUGAGUUCAAUAACCAGUUUUUAUUUCCUAUCCGUUGUCAACCAAAACUUUUGUAAAAUAAAAUAAAAGUGAAUUACCAAAUAAUGAAAUAAAAGAACACAAAACACAAAGCAAAUUUUUUUUAGAUUCAACUGACGAACUUCAAUAAAAACAGAACAAUAUAACAUAGGAAAGAGAAUUACAAAAACUGCAGGGUUUUUUCAUUGAAAGUGGACAUAGUAGACCAGAGACACUUCACGGAUGGCCCCAGUGUGUGGACAAUACAUACAUUCCUUGGGUAGUACUGUGUGAUAUCCCCACAAAGAACCAUCAGCCUUGGCUUGCCCAAUGCCACUGACAGGUCACUCACCAUACCCUGAGAGAUCCCUGUUGUGGGUUGGCUCUGAAUCUUUGGAAAUUCACCUAAUUUCAGGCUGAAAUCUGCCCCUCUGUAUGCCCCCUUGGCUAGUUCAAGCCAACCAAGUAACUAGGGAUUUAGAGGGAACUGCCCAGGUAUUUCUCAGCAAGAUCGACUGUAAGUGAGAAUUGGAUCCAGAUGAAGUAAUUUGUGUCUGCCGUUCAGGGGUGUUAUGGAUUGAACCAUGUUCCCCAGAAAUAUGUGCUGUAAAUCCUAACCUCUAUGCCUGUGACUAUAAUUCCGUCUGAGAGUGGGUUGUCUUUGUUACGUUAAUGAGACGGGAUUAACGCAACAAGUCAAUCUCUUGAGAUAUAAAAGAGAUGAAACACAAGUUAGCAAGCAGAGAUGGAGGAAGAGAGAUGCCAAGCGACAUGAAGACCACCCAGGAGCAGAAGCUCAGAAGAGAGAAGGACCUUCCUCCAGAGCCGACAGAGAGAGAAAGCCUUUCUCUGGAAACAACACCCUGAAUUCGGGCUACAGCCUCCUAAACUGUGAGAAAAUAAAUUUCUGUUUGUUAAAACCAGCCACUUUUGAUAUUUCUGUUAUAGUAGCACUAGAUCACUAAGACAAGGGAUGUUGGCAGAUUCUGCCAUUGGGAGGGCAUGGUGGUGAUUAUUAGGCAGGAGGGGGACACAAAGUGACUGGUAAUUAAUGGUAACAGUCUCUCUGGUUAUUUGUUGAGGGAUUAUCUAUUUGAUGUUGAAUCAAAGAUGAAGAUGAGCCUUCUGGACCAUGAGUCAGGGCAAUGCUUGCCCUCAGGUGCUCUGUGUGAGGAGGAGAUAUCAGAAGCCAGCAUGAGCCAAGUACAUGGGUUUUGGCCUCGGGCAGUCCAGGUCUGCAGCUCAUCUGCCCACUUACCAGCUGUGUGACCUGGGCAAAUUGUUCAUUCUCUCUGAGUUUCUGUCUCCUCAUUUGUGGAAAUGAGAUUAUACCUCCACGUGGAGAUUAAAUGAGAGUGUAGUCUGGCUCCUGAUUAGGACUUUCUUUGAUGGGGAAUCCUAUUAAAUCCCAGGAAGCUCCUGGGUAAAAGCCUGUCUCAUUUAAGCAAUCUGCUCAUGGUCACUCAGCUUCAGUGUCAGUCAGUGUGAGGACCAGCCUGAGAUGUGACCUUCACUAGCUGCAUAUCCUUGUCUCCACCUAGGACGUGGGCCCCAUUUCUCCAAUACAUGGGUGGGUGGUCUCAACUGGGCUCUGCCUUCCUUCCUGCCUUCAUUCCGUUCUCCAAGUAAGAAUAGGCAUGUCUGUCCCAGGCCCCUCCUUUGCUUAAAACUAUCCUGUGGCUCCUCACAGCCUGCCCAUCCCAUCAUAGUCCAGGACGGUGUUUCCCCAAUCAUGUGAUGCCCCCAGGGGAGAGAUAAUUUUAGGUGGUAAACAGACAGGGCACUAAAUAAUAUUCCUUUCACCAUACUUAUUCAAAUCUGUAUGCUGAGCAAAUAACCCAAGAAACUGGGCUAUAUGAAGAAGAACAGGGCAUCAGGAUUGGAAGAAGACUCAUUAGCAACCUGCAUUAUGCAGAUGACACAACCUUGAUUGCUGAAAACAAAGAGGACUUGGAGCACUUACCGAUAAAGAUCAAAGACUACAGCCUUCAGUAUGGAUUAUACCUCAGUAUAAAGAAAACAAAAAUACUCACAACUGGACCAAUAAGCAACAUCAUGAUAAACGGAGAAAACAUUGAAGUUGUCAAGGAUUUCAUUUUACUUGGAUCCACGAUAAAUGCCCAUGGAAACAGCAAUCAAGAAAUCAAAUGACAUAUUGCAUUGGGCAAAUCUGCUGCAAAAGACCUCUUUAAAGUGUUAAAAAACAAAGACAUCACUAAGAGGACUAAGGUGCACCUGACCCAAGCCAUGGUGUUUUCAAUCGCCUCACCUGCAUGUGAAAACUCGACAGUGAAUAAGGAAGACUGAGGAAGAAUUGAUGCCUUUCAGUUGUGGUGCUGGCUGAGAAUAUUGAAUAUAUAUUCAAUACCAUGGACUGCUAGAAGAAUGCACAGAUCUUGGAAGAAGAACAGCCAGAAUGCUGCUUAGAAGCGAGGAUGGCAAGACUUUGUUUCACGUACUUUGGACAUGCUAUAAGGAGGGACCAAUAUUUGGAGAAGGACAUCAUGCUUGGUGCCCUAUUCAAGCAUGCUAUAAGAGAAAUACCACGAGUGGAUGACUUUAACAAACAGAUGUUUAUUCUCUCACAGUCUAGUAGGCUAAAAGUCCAGAUUCAGGGCAUCAGCUCCAGGGAUGUCUUUCUCUCUGUGUUGACUCUGGAGGAAGGUCCUUGUCAUAAAUCUUCCCUUGGUCUGGGAACUAUGUUUCUCCACAUAGGAACCCUGACUCCAAAGGAGUUGCUCUGCAACCAGCUGCUUUCUUGGUGGUACGAGGUCCCAAACCUUUGCUUACUUCUCUUUCCUUUAACUCUUGUAAGAUAAAAGGUGGUACAGGCCACACCCCAGGGAAACUCCCUUUACAUUGAAUCAGGGAUGUGACCUGAGCAAAGGUGUUACAUUCCACCCUAAUCUUCUUUGACAGAAAAUAAUCUUGCCUUAUUUAUUUAUUUUUUUAUUAACCACAGGCAGAGAUUAGGAUUUACAACACAUAGGAAAAUUAUAUCAAUCACAAAAUUGUGGACAACCACACAAUACUGGGAAUCAUGGCUUAACCAAGUUGACACAUAUUUUUAGGGGACACAAUCCACAACACUUGGCAAAGUAGAGUGUUAUUGAAAAAAGGGAAGACCCUAAUUGAGAUGGACUGACACAGUGGCUGCAACAAGAGACUCAAAGAUAGCAAAGAUUGUAAGGAUGGCGAAGGACCGGGCGGUGUUCAGUUCUGUUGUCUCUAUGAGCCGGAAUAGACUUGAAGGCACCUAACAGCAACAACAAGGCCCUGUUUUAAUCACUUUCACUCUUCGAACCUUCAAACAACCUUAAAAGGGAAAUAUUAUUAUUAUUUGUGAGCCCGUUUUACUAACAGAAAAUCUGUGACACAAGUGAUUUAAGGAACUUGCAAGUCAGCUAAGCGGUAAUGUCUCUCCAGUCAGCAUCCCAAGGAAAAGAAAAAGCCCCACUGGCCCAGGUACGUUUUCAGAACCUCUGCUGCUUAAAAGUUUUUCUUUCUUCUUGAAACAUUUUAAACAAGAACAAGCCAAAGCUAAACCCAGUAGUAACAAAAGCGACCCAGAAGUGAAAUAUAUAUAUACAUACAUAUAUGUACAUUUUUAUAGUUAUCUUCUAUGUCUGGGAGUAAAACUGACUCUCAUUUUCUGUAGUGGUAAAGAGUUUGUUUCUCAUAAAAAUAUAUUUAAGAAAAUAUGAAUAAUUGAAAGGAAAAAUGUUCAGUAGAACAUGGUGGCAAUGACACACCACUAGGCACACCAGGCCAGGCUUAGUUGCCUGGAGGUAGAGAAAUGUCCACUAGGGCACUGAUGAUGUAGUACAAUAGUAACUCAUGUUUAUAGAGCACUCACCACGUGCUAGGCACUAUUCCAAGUUCUUUGCAUGCAUUAAUUCAUUUAGUCCUAUGAUCCAGACACUAUUUUAUACAGUGGAGGAGACUGAGCCUCAGAGAGUUAGGUUUCACAACCUGUAGGUAACAGAGGUGGGAUUUGCCCUCAUGCAGGCUGACCACAGCGUCAUACCCUCACCCAUCACCCUACUACCACUUCCUGUGAACAACCAGGACACUGAAAACCUGGCACAGAGGCCUAGCGGAAAAAGCACUGAGCUGGGGGUCAGGGUCUGUCUGCGUGGCCGUGUGACCUCUCUGGACUUCCUUUUCCCAUCUGUCAAGCCAGCAUCAGAACUGGACCAUUUCCAAAGGCCCCAACUAUGAGAGAGAAGAUGUUGCAUCCAGCAACAGCAUGCUCUGGUGUGGCCAGGGCGUGAAGCCAGCUGUAGCAUAGACUCAUCUCUGACAUCUGAGCUGUGUGACCUCAGGCAGGCUGCUCAGUCUCUCUGGACAACAUCACAAUCAUUCCAACCCCUGCAUUCUCACUGGGUUGUGUGAGGGUAAAUGACACGAAGGGUGGAAAAGCCUGUCUGUCUAAGUGUUGAGAAGCAUCUUCUCUGGGAGGGUUUGUGCAGGAGGUCAUCCACACUCCUAUGGGUGCAGGAUCGGCAAGGCUCUACUUCUACACCGGGUUCCAGCCCAGAGCAAUGCCUCCAGAGGGGACUUUCCCCAGAAGCUUGGUGGGAUUUAAGAAGAUUCUCUCCAUCAAAGUCAAUGUGGACAAAAUGAUCAUAAUAGCCACUGUUUAUUAAGGUCUAACCAGGAGUCAGGCCACUAACUCACUUAAUCCUCAUGUGGAAAUAUGAUCUGCAUUCCACAAAUGAGGAAAUGGAGGCUCAGCAAGGUUGAGGGGCUUGUCCAGGUUGAACAGCAGGUAAGUGGUGAGAUGGGCUGUGCAACUGGGGCCCUGAGACCAAAACUCAUGCACUUGGUGCAUGUUGGUUUCUGAAAUCCCCUCGUCACACAGGAACUCAGUGGGCAACUGUGGUCCUGAAACUGGGCCACAUGACUCACCUUCUUCCUUGAUUGAACAUCAAAUAGCAGUUUCCUUAACAAAUAGCCAGAGGGACUGACUGUUAGCAUUAAUUACCAGUCACCCUGGGCGCUUUACUCCUGCCUAAUAGCCACCACCGCGCACUCCCCACGGCAGAAUCCUCCAUCAUUCCUGCACAGGCAGACACGAACUACUUCCUUUGGAUCCAAUUCUCACUCACACUCCAUCUUGCUGGGAAAUAACAGGGCAAUUCCCUCCAAAUCCCUAGCCACUUUGCUGGCUUGAACUAGCCAAGGGCUGGAAUUCGAAGGAGGGGAGAUUUCAGCAUAAGGAACUUCCAAAGAUUUGGAGUCAGUUCAGAACAGGGGGUUGAGUGACCUGCCUGUGGCACUGGGGAAGCCGAGACUGAUGGUCCCCUGUGGGGAUGUCUGCGGCAGUGCUAGUCAAGGGGUGUGUGCCCCCCACAUUGGGGCCAUCCGCAAACUGUCUCUGGUUUACCAUGCCCACAUGCAGGUUUUAUAAUCCUUUUGCUAUUUAUGAUCUUAUUUUGUUCAUCCUAAAUUUAUUCAAGUAUUACUGUUUAAUGUAAAAAAGUGGGUUCAUAUUUUGGGUUGUUCAUUUACAUCAUUUUCUUAGUAAUUCAUUUUUAUUUUACUCACUUUUAGGUCUGCCACAGGUAGGAAAUACUGGCUGGUCCUUCUGCACAGGGUGUUUGAGAAGCUCUCUGAAGUGUGGGGAUUCAAGCCAGUGGGGAGUUGGAUUCCACCACCUAUGAGAGACCCUUUGAAGCCCAACAUCUGGUGACAGACAUCAGGCAAGGAAUCCCCAGAGGAUAAAAAUGAGAAAUUCAUGUCAGCCUCCAUGCCAUUGAUACUCAACAUGAGAACAGAGGGAGGCUGCGUCAGCGCCACACCCUUACACCACCUGGCACAAUGCUCUUCUCAUUUUACAGCUGAAGAAAUGGAGGCCCAGGGAGGUACCCAGUUUGGUAGGGGCUGAUAUUUGUGUCCAGAACUCAGACCUCUGAACUCCCCAGGCCGGUCUCACACCCAGCCAUGCUGAUCACAGCAUGCCUUUGUUUCCAACCCACACAAAAGAAACCAGCACCAGAAUAAAGUCA